AGAGCGCCUGGCGGGUUGUCCGUUGGUGCGCUGACGUCGCCUGUCACGCUAAUGUAUACUGCGUUUAUAUUAUUGCAGAAAUAAUGUCUUCGUUUGUGACUGAAGUGCUCUCCAUCUCCGGUAAACUGGAGAAGGAAGAUCUUUCUGGGAAAAUCAGCAAGAUGUCGCGGAGAGUGGAGGACACUAAGGAGGAAGUUUAUGACAUGAUAAGCAAGCGCUACGGGGACUUCCUGCCUGGUCUCCAAGGGUCUGAGGAGCUCAUGGUUCAGGUGGAUGAGGUUGCCAAAGAAAUGGAUUCCCUUAAAAACUGCAUCGAGACAGAGGUGCAGGAGAAUAUUCACGUAGCUGUGGCUGAGUACACCAAGUUGAAGCAUCAGCUAGAGAAGAACACUGUGAUCAUGACGAUACUUGGUCACCUCAAAGAGUUCCACAAUGCGAUGGAGCAAUAUAGCAAAGCCUUAAAGGAAAAAAAAUAUGUUGAUGCGGCAAACCAGUUAGAAAGGGCAAGGGUCAGUGUGGAUUCCCUGAAGGGCUGGAAAACAUCCCAGCUUCCCCUGCUCACAGCUCUCCACUCCGAGUUGGUCGUUCAGCGUGAGAACUUAAUUUACUGUCUCACUGACGAAUGGAAACGUCUUGUUAUCUGGAAGCUUCCAUCCUCAAAGGAGCCUCCCGGCCUCAAGUCCCUUCUGAAGGUGGAGCUGAAUCUGACCCGUGUCGGCAGUAAGGAUGGUGAACCUGGGCCACCGCCUGUGCUGCAGAGUGUCCUGCAGGCUCUUGCCAUCCAGGGUGACCUGCCGCACAAGCUGAAGCUCUUCAGUCAGGUUCUGUUGAAGAACAUGCUGAAGCCGCUGGUGAUUCACCCAUCACUGUCCGUCCAUGUGACAGAGCAGCAGGAGGAGGGAACCACGCUGGCGCUGCAGUGUUUGGAGGAGACCCAGGAGGAGCGCUCUACACCGUCUGAAGUUUACAGCAAACUACUCCUGGUCCUUAAGACCUUGCAUUCUCACCUGCUAGAUGUGUCCAUUGGUGACAGGAGUCUGUCCGCCAUCAUGGGGGAGCUGAUUUGGGAGGAGAUCUCCCAGUGCAUCAUCCACGAGUGCCUCCUCUACUCCAUCCCUGCUAACAGCAGCCAGCUGGAAACGUACAACACGGUCAUUAAGGAAACGGAGGUGUUUGAAAAGUCACUGAAGGAGAUGAAGUAUCUGCAGGUCGACUCCACAGACCUGCUUCAGUACGCCAGAAACGUCAACUGUCACUUUGCUAGCAAGAAGUGCAAAGACGUGAUCGUGGCUGCCCGAAAACUCAUGACCUCCAAGAUGCACAACACAGUCAAGGUCACACCGGAGUCCCAGCUGCGCCUCCCAAAGCUCCCUGCGCCGGCAUCAGAGGCCAAAGUGAAGCAAGAAAAGGAUCACGUCAGAAUGGAGAAUGCAAAGCAGCUCUCAGCUGGGAGCCUGAGUCUGCCCGCGUGUCGCAUCAGCGAGUCGGUGCAGCAGCUGAUGGAGCUGGCGCUCAACACGCUCUGCGAGGCCGUGGGAAGCUCCACACAGUGUGCUCUGCAGCUCUUCUUCACUGUGAGAAAUAUCUUCCAGCUCUUCCACGACGUAGUGCCCACCUACCACAAAGAAAACCUGCUCAAGUUUCCUCAUCUGGCUGCUGUCCAGCACAACAACUGCAUGUACCUGGCCCACCACCUCCUCACCCUGGGCCACUAUUUCAGGAGCCACCUGCCGCAGCCGCUCAACGAAGGCGUCGCCACGUUUGUGGACCUUGUGCCUGGAUUCAGAAAGCUGGGUGCCCAGUGCUUCUUGGCCCAGUUGAACAUCCAGAGAGCUGAACUCUUGGAAAGGCUCUCCACCGCUCACAACUUCUGCAACCUGGAUGAUGAGGACAACUACAUCGCCGCCAGCAAGGCGGUGCGACAGAUCAUCCACCAGCUGAAGCAGCUGGGGAAAGUGUGGCAGGACGUUCUACCCGUCAGUAUCUAUUGUAAAGCAAUGGGCAACCUUCUAAACACGGCCAUCACUGAGGUCAUCGCUAAGAUCAUGCUGCUGGAGGACAUUUCCUCCGAGGACAGCGAGCACCUUCACACGCUGUGCCAAACUCUGAUUGAGGAAGGGCCCCUGGUCUUUGUUCCUCUGGCAGAGGAACAUAAGAACAAGAGGUAUCAGGAGGAAGUGCCCCUCUAUGUGAAGAAGUGGGGCACGUUCAAGGAGCUGGUCAUCGUGCUGCGCGCCAACCUGCAGGAAAUCGUCGACAGAUGGGCGGACGGUAAAGGUCCUCUGGCGCUUGAGUUCUCCAGUUCAGAGCUGAAGAAUCUGAUUCGAGCACUGUUCCAGAACACUGAGAGAAGAGCGGUGGCCCUCACCAAGAUCAAGUAGCUCUCAAGGACGGAACGCUGUCACCUCAAAUACAUGUGUUUUCUGUCUGCGAUCAUUUCGGUGCUCGUAGUUGUAGCACGUACGGUUUAAGCUGUAAUCAAUUCCUCUUCUGUCAUUAGUCCUGCAGAGAUUACUGGAGUCUUCUCCAGUCGUUCAGCAUCAUUCACGUCUGGGAUGUCACUCGCCCAAGUCAUGAGGGGUUGUGUAACCGGUUGCCAUCUGCCGCCUGACCCUGCAGGGUUAAUAGUGUUGUCAUUGUCGACUUUAUUGAAACUUCUUUGGCUGCACUUUCCUCCAUAUCACGUUCACUAAAACCUCAACGUGGCCUCCACUCCUGCGAGGAGUUUCCACUCUGAUGUUGAAAUGUAUUUAUUUGCAAAUAAACCAAAAGCUUUUCCUAACAUUCCU